GUCCUUCUCAAAUGACGAAAGAAAUACCCAAUGAAAAAUCGUUUGGACGGAAGUUACGUAAAUCGUACAAGAGCGCCAAAAGCCGAUUGGAGUGUGCUCGACUCUGCUACAACGACGAUCGAUGUAACGGGAUGUUGGUCUGUCCGGGCGUCUGUCACCUGUUUGGAGUGUUCAGUGUCGCCCAGUCACCUGCCUCGGGCACAGACUAUCUCAGUUGUGAUGUGUUUAACAUGAAUCGAUGUGAGAAUAACGGAGUCCCAGACGACAGUGGUUACUGCAGCUGUACUCGGGGUUACGGAGGUCCGUUCUGUGAUACUGUCGUACACGAUUUGUGUUAUCAGCAAUGGCAACUCAUUCCCGAAAGUGUUAACGCACUAUACGUGGCUUCAAAGAAUUCCUGUGCGAUGAAAUUAAAAUUCGUAACCAGUGACAAGAAAAUACACACAAUGAAUAGUUUCGGUGUUUCGAGUGACAAUACCUGGGCACAGUCGUUGUUUCACCUCAGUAAGUCAUCUUGGAAUACGUUUGAUGCCAAUCCUCAAAGAAUGUUUAACAUUACCGUGAAUGCGAAAUAUCAAACUGUGGUCGCAUUUGACAUAGAGGGAUCAAUGGCGCCGUCCUCUACAAAAGAGAUCACAGCCACCUGGUACGUGAAAAACUUCUCAAAUGUGACGCCAUUCUUUGAAAAUGACGCCAGUGGAGCAGCUGUCACGGGUGAUCUGGAUGCGCUUGUUGCGAAAAUCCGAGGAGGCUCUGCCAUAGUAUCUCUUACAACUGUGUUUGUAAGUGAGAACUUAAAACAGGUAGCUGGGGGUGGUAUUGACCGCCUAGCAAAGACCAUUCCAUCAACACAUGCAUCAUUUUCUUCGAAGCCAUUCUGGUUUCUGUACAGAUUCACUAGUAGCGGCUCGAAGCAUGUUCUUCGCUGGCAUGUUGGGGAAGGAAGUUACAAGUCAAACAAGACGAACCAUGUGCCUAACACUUGGUGCACCGAUGAUUGCUGGAUUAAGGUAUUCACUGUAGAUCAGCUUGGCAAAGGAGUCCACGGCUCUACCACCCAGUUGGCUCGUUCUCUUCUUAGUGGUCACCGACUUAGAGUCUAUACAAUGGGAGUCGCUGCUAAUACCAAAACUAUCUACAUUCAUAAUGAGACCAUCACGGCAUGUCUACAAGACAUGAUGGAACCAAUUGGCGUCGAUAACCUCGAUCAAUCUGGAACGGCUGAAAGGGUUAUGACAUCCUCCAGUGGUCAAAUCCAGAUUCGCGCAUACACGUUUGAAACGGACACGAUAAAAAAAGAUACACAGGUUCAGAAAAACAUAGACUGGUUUGUGGACACGCGUGAAUGGAUCCAGGUUCUCUCAGUGACAGGCGAUGGACAGAAUCUGAGUGGAUCAGUUGCAGGCCUGAGCGAGAAGGUUCAGAUGGGUGCCUCAGUCCGUAUAGUCGUGGAGUACACAAAUGGGUUAUGUCAAAUAGUGGAUGCUGAUCACCUCGAAGUGUCGUCUGCUGGUCACGUGGCUGCUGAAAUCAUCUACAACACCAACGUGAAGUUCGGGGAGAAUUACAGCAUCGCCUUUGCCAAUGCAUCGUCUCACCAUCUCUGGUCAGCGAUCAUAACAACAGAGGGCGACUUUAACAAGUAUCUGUACACGUAUAAGAAAACUGGCGGUGAGCAUAAGACUGUGUCACAUGUUGACCGAUUCACCUGGUUUAUUCAGAUGUGAGACGGUGAUAACACUAGGAUCUAGUGACGAUGUCUUACAACCGUUUGUCACCAACCUCAACAGUAGUGAGAAACUGUAUAAAGGUACUGUUGUGCAUACAAAUAACCGAGGUGCACUGUUCAGCAACCUAUGAGCAACCUACGGAGACAUACCAGCACCAGUUAGGUCUAAUCACUGAGCUACUUUUGGCCUACUACAUUCCAAACCUAUUCGUAGCUCCCCACCUUUCCUGUUAGAUCGACCAUUCCAAAUUGCGCCUACAUUCCUUCAUCAAAAAUGCGCACCCUUUCUCUUUGGCUUAAUCCUACUGGACAUUCCAAAUUCCAUAGCACCAUACCACCCUCCGGCUGUUACCGACCACGGUCGGGCUGCUGGUGCUCCCUUGUACCUGCCAGCGCAGGCGGUCCCUCCUCCUGCCCCCCCCCCCCCCUUCCCUGUCCUGGACAGAGGAACCGGCAGAAUGUUUCAUUAAAGUCAGUUUGUUUUCUUUAAUGACACCACUGUAGCAUAUUGGUUUAUUAAUCACUGUUCGACACGUAGUCUUAGAAAGGAAAACCUGCUGCAUUUUUACAUUAAUAGCAAUGCAUCUUUUAUAUGCAGUCUUUUACAGACAAGAUAGUACAUACAGUUGUAGAGCACUGGCUGGAACCCGAAAUAGCCUAAAAGACCCAUCGACGAGGAUCGAUCAUAAACCGACUUACGUGUUAUAUACCGUGGACCUACUA